GCUCAGAGGCUAAGCCGGGGCUGAUGCUGGACGCCGCCCCCACUCUGCGUGUGUGCCGCGCCGUCUGCUGCAGCCCGCGCAGUGUCGCGAGAGCCGCUGCUGCGCGCAUGGUCGGCCUCACAGAACCGAGGCAGCAGCGCCUGCUCCGAUGGCCGGCGCCGCGGACUCCGCUGCUGCUGCUGCUGCUCGCGGCUCUCGCGCUGGGCUCGCCCGCUGAGAGCCUACCGCAGCCGGAAAGCAGCGAAGAGCAACGCUCGGAGGAGUACCGUGGCUUCCAGUUCAAGCACCACGACAACGUCGAGCUGGCCGACGAGCUGCGCCGUGUGUCACGCGCCUGUCCGGACAUCACCAACCUCUACGAGCUGGGUCACCGUAGCGUGCUGGGACAGCCCCUGUGGGUGCUCGAGAUGACCGACAGGCCCGGUGUCCACGAACUUUUGGAGCCCGAAGCCAAGUAUGUGGCUAACAUGCACGGCAACGAGGUGCUGGGCCGCGAGCUGAUGCUGGCGCUGAGUUGGUACCUCUGUCAGCGCUACCGGGAGGGAGACCCCGACGUCACCACGCUUCUCAACACAACACGCAUCCACAUCAUGCCCAGCAUGAACCCUGACGGCUGGGACACGGCGGCCAAGUCUCCUCGUGAAGACUGGGUGAGCGGCCGCGCCAACGCGAUGGGUGUGGACCUCAACAGAGACUUUCCCGACUUGGAACGCAUCCUGCGGAACAGUAACGUCAGGAGGAUCAAGCCAGACCACCUCUUCAACGGAGAACUCGCCCACCCGCUCCAGCCAGAGACGAAAGCCGUCAUGGAGUGGAUCUUGUCGCUGCCGUUCGUGUUGUCGGCGAACUUCCACGGUGGCGCCUUGGUUGCAAACUACCCGUUCGACGACACCCUUGACGGUUCGCAAAAGAAGUACACAUCAGCGCCUGAUGACGCCACAUUUAGGCAUCUGGCACAGACGUACGCGUCUAGUCACCCACGCAUGAAGCAAGGCGAGACGUGCGGCGGAGACGUCUUUAGGGACACUGGUGGCAUCACCAAUGGGGCUGCAUGGUACGCUGUCGCUGGAGGCAUGCAAGACUUCAAUUACUUGGGCUCGAAUGAUUUCGAGAUCACAGUGGAGCUGGGCUGCCGCAAGUUCCCGCCGGAAUCUGAGCUACAGAAAGAGUGGGAGGACAACAAGCAGGCGCUACUCAACUUUCUCUGGCAGGCACACAUUGGGAUCAAAGGCCUGGUUACCGACAGCAUUUCGGGCGAGCCAAUCGCCGACGCGGACGUGGAGGUGACCAACGUCACCGAAGGAGAGCCGAGACUGAUCCGCCAUAACGUCCUCACCAGCGAGAACGGCGAAUACUGGCGGCUGCUGAUUCCAGGCACGUACAUGGUCAGAAUCUUUCGGCGCGGCUACAUACCAGCCGAGAAAAAGGUGGUUGUCGAAUACCAGCCCCACACGGAGGCCCAGCGAGUCGACUUUCAGCUGAAGCCAGUCGCUGCACGGGCCAUGGAAAUGCUACUGGAAUCUGAAGCCUACAUGGAUGGCAGCCAAGAGCACAGGCUACUCCCACCACCAAACCCACCGAAGCAGAUGCAGCCCAUGUGAUUGCCACAUCUCACCCAAAACUCCAUGAUGCAGAAACUGCUGAGCUGAAUGUUUAAGGAAAAAAUUUUUAUUUGACAGCAAGGAACAUCUAGCUGUUGAUCACAAUGAACAGAAGUGGCAGUGUUUGCUGAAAAGCUCUCAAACAUAUCCAACCAGCCAACACGAAAAAGAAAUGGGCAGGAACAUUUUACAUGUUUCCGCGAGAGUGUGGACAUGGUUUCAGAAGGUGGUAUACAGUAUAAUUGGCACAAA